GCCGCCCCUCCCCGGGCCCGCCCUCCUUCCCUCCCACCCUCCCCCGGGCCGGCGCGGCCCGCCCUGGCGAGUCAGUCCUCGGGUUCCCUCCCUCCCCGGGCGCGCUCGGGCCGCCGCUGCGCUCCCCGCCCUCCAGCCGCCUGGCCGGAGCCGCCCGCUGCCGGAGGAGGAGGUGGAGGAGCCGCAGGGGCCCGCCGAGGCGGCGGCGGCGGCAAGAUGGCGGACUUCCUGCCGUCGCGCUCCGUGCUGUCCGUGUGCUUCCCGGGCUGCGUGCUGACGAACGGCGAGGCCGAGCAGCAGCGCAAGUCCAAGGAGAUCGACAAAUGCCUGUCGCGGGAGAAGACCUACGUGAAGCGGCUGGUGAAGAUCCUGCUGCUGGGCGCGGGCGAGAGCGGCAAGUCCACCUUCCUGAAGCAGAUGCGGAUCAUCCACGGCCAGGACUUCGACCAGCGCGCGCGCGAGGAGUUCCGCCCCACCAUCUACAGCAACGUGAUCAAAGGUAUGAGGGUGCUGGUAGAUGCCCGAGAGAAGCUUCACAUUCCCUGGGGAGAUAACAAAAACCAGCUGCACGGAGACAAGUUGAUGGCGUUUGAUACCCGUGCCCCCAUGGCUGCCCAGGGGAUGGUGGAGACCCGAGUGUUUCAGCAGUACCUUCCUGCUAUCAGAGCCUUAUGGGAGGAUAGCGGCAUACAGAACGCCUACGAUCGGCGCCGGGAAUUCCAGCUGGGUGAGUCUGUAAAGUAUUUCCUGGAUAACUUGGAUAAACUUGGAGUACCGGAUUACAUUCCGUCGCAGCAGGAUAUUCUGCUUGCCAGAAGACCCACCAAAGGCAUCCAUGAAUACGACUUUGAAAUUAAAAAUGUUCCUUUCAAAAUGGUUGACGUAGGAGGCCAGAGAUCAGAACGGAAACGUUGGUUUGAAUGCUUUGACAGUGUGACAUCAAUACUUUUCCUUGUUUCUUCAAGUGAAUUUGACCAGGUGCUUAUGGAGGAUCGCCAGACCAAUCGCCUUACAGAAUCUCUGAACAUUUUUGAAACAAUUGUCAACAAUCGGGUUUUCAGCAAUGUCUCUAUAAUCCUCUUCUUAAACAAGACAGACUUGCUUGAGGAGAAAGUGCAAGCUGUAAGCAUCAAAGACUAUUUCCUAGAAUUUGAAGGGGACCCACACUGCUUAAGAGACGUCCAAAAGUUUCUGGUGGAAUGCUUCCGGGGGAAACGCCGGGACCAGCAGCAGAGGCCGUUGUACCACCACUUCACCACCGCCAUCAACACGGAGAACAUCCGCCUUGUGUUCCGAGACGUGAAGGACACAAUCCUUCAUGACAACCUCAAGCAGCUUAUGCUCCAGUGAUGACAAGACUUGCUAUUUUAAUACCUUGUUGUGAUUUUGAUUGUUUUCUGUUUGUCUUGUUUUUCUUUUUAAAUAGCAGUUUACAACAGCAGUUAGAAGAAUCUCAAUUCUGUGUCUAACUUCUUGGAAAUCUUAGUCCAUCUGUGGCCUUUAGUUUGUGGCUGAAUUAACACAUUACCAAUGUCUGCUGGAAUUGGAGCUUUGGUCAGUUUCUCUGUGGCUUACAUUCAGAUCCAAUUAUAACUUCCUGGCAACCUCACACUAGGUGUAUUUCAGGCUUUGAAUUCUUCUGCUUGCAAACUGAAUUCUCCUAAUUCUCCUGCAGUGCCAAGAAGGCAGUAUCUUUAAGUACUUGUAGGGAUGAGAUUAUGAGAAUUCAGCUCUAGAAAGUGAGAGUGCCUUACCCAGCAGUGACAUGCCUGGCUAGCGUGAGCCCUGCUCUAUAAUCGCUGUUAGAGAAAAGUUUGAAGGAGCAGCAGUCUCGGCCCACAGGCUGCUUAGCCUCCUUACACACACAGCAGGAGUUUGUUUUUCUCAGUUCCUUUAAUUUCUGAAGGUAAUGUCUUAGUGUUUAAGUUUACAAUGUGGAUCUCAGCCUGAUGCUGAUGCGGUCACAGCUGGUACAUGUGCUAUGUUGAUCUGAGGUGACCCAUGACAUGCAGUUUCUUUUGCCAUGCAUGCGGUCACUAACUUCAUGUGCCAUGCUAGGGACAUGGUGGCCAUAAGGACUAGAAAGGGCAAGCACCUGAGUGCCGUGGGUGUGCCUUCCUGGUUCUGUCUGCUUGCGUUUGUGCCUUGCUGGAGGGAAUCACUGUCGGGUCUUCUUCCCUUUGCCCCACCGUCUCAGCCUCAGCAGCUCUGAACUGUGGCGCUCUCGGGUUCUCUGGUCGCCGAGAGCUUGGUGGGCAGUACUUCCUGUGAACUGUUCAUGAAGGCGUCCUUUCUGUACCCUGUUCAUGGUUAGUGUCUCUCUCUGAGAUUGUUUGUACAUGUUAUGUGUGUCAUUAUGUGUGAGACGCAGCUUCAUUGAGGUACAUUUGAACGUCUAAAGAAUGUAUCUAAGGAUAAGGAAUUCUUUUGGCCCAUACUUAAGGAGGUUUGCCUUACACACACACACACACACACACACACACACACACACACACACACACACACACACGCCACUGCUAGGUUAAACCGUGCCCAUGAAGUAGCUUGUGAUUCAAUACAGUGACCAUUUGUCAUGUGCCGACUGGCCUGUGAGUUUGUAGACCCUGAACUUGUCCCUGCUUUCCCAGGAGAAUGCACGAGGGCAGGGAUGCCUGCUGUCUUACCAUGUUCUCAGGCAAGACAUUGGGCCCUGAAAGCUUGGCCGACUUUGAGGCCCACAGGCAGUGGCUUCCCUUUUUCCUUGCUGGAAGGUGCGAGAGCUGGGUCCUAGUGUGUACUUGAGAGACCUGACUUGUCUUGGAUUUGAGCUUUCACUGUCAUUCUGGGUAUAAAAUCCAGUGCUUUCUUGCCUUGGUAACAUCAUGAGCUUAAGACAUGUAUGCCAGUGUCACAGUGUAGGUGUUGUUGGCAUAAUUCAUGGAGAUUUGAAUGGUUCUACAUCUGGUCCUUUUUUUUGCCAAAAAAGAAUAUGUCAUUUAAAUUCACGGGGUUAGCAUAACUGCAGUGCUGAUGAGCAUUUGAGUGUGCACACAGUAACCCGUGUUCUGUGUCAGUUUAGCAAACAUUAUUGUGCAUUGGCCACAACUAACUGCUGUGAAGGCAGCAACUAGUCCCUCCAGAAAGCAGUUGUGUCUAGUUACAUUUAAGCUCUGUGGUGAGCACAGAAUCCCGCCUGACAGAGCAGGAUCUCUGAGUUCCUCCACUGUGACCUUUACCAAGAAAGAACAAGAGCUCCCGACUAGAGUCAGCAUCCUUGUGAGCACCUCCCGCUUCCUUUCUGAAGCGUGCAGCAUCUUAGAACCCAGUGCCGUCUAGAUACAUUCUGAAGUGGUGGAUUACUUACAUGUAAUCUAGACAGGAGUGUUUAGAAUUUAAAGAACAGUGAGGCUUAGCCAAAAAGCCACAUUUGCAGUCUGACACCUACACCCUGAAAGUCAUGUCCUUUUGUGAAGUGAAAUACUGUUGUGUGAAGAGGGAGAUGAAAUUUAGCCAACAGAAUUGAAAAGGUGCUCACCCCUCAGUGUACUGGCUUCCCCCAGUCCCUGAGCCAUGACUUGGAGUUGAGGCUCUGUGGGGGCAUUGGUCUGUGCAUAUCUCGGGGUGCAUGGAGUGACUGUGCUUAAUCCAGACUCCUCCUUCAGUCCCGCAGCCUUCCUGCUUACUGACAAAGAAUCACACAAGUGUCUUGGUUGACUUUGAAAUCUUUUUUAUAUUUUACAGAGUUGCCUUAUAAAUAAAAGAACAACCCAGAUUUAGACCUUAAUUUUCUUUUUAAUGGGGAAAGGGCUUUGUUCCAUGUUUUCUUACGAUCUUAAUUCAAGAUGUGCAGCUGCCACUUAGAUAUCUUGUAACGGCCUGAGAUGUUGCUCUCUGCCAUGCCGUCUGUAUUCCAUGGAAGUCCCCGCCCAUAUCAGUUUUUCUGUCUGGAAAGGGGACUUGAUAGCCAGAGGGAAGCUUCAGCCAGGCAAGGCUGGAGGUUCUGAAGAGGAGCAUGUUGGGCUUUUUGUUUGUUUGUUUUCCUAUCACAGUGCAUUGUGGGUACUUCACACCCAGGGGGUCCUCUGGUGAAGUCCUCAAGUUGGGACUCAACAGGGAAAUACUUGUUAAGUUAGUGGCAGCUGUUGCUUUAAAGUAAGAGGAAGUAAGACCACAUUAAGUGCCAAGAAGUGACAAGAAUUGUUAGAUCCAGCAAAGAGCAACUCUAAGUAACUCUUACCUUCCAGUGUGUACGCCCAAAUGCUUGGGCAUCUAUUUUGAUGGCAUGUACUUUUCAGUGUUGGUAUUCAUAUCCGGCUAUGCCUCGUUUAUAUGAAGAAUAAAAUGGCCAAUUUAUGCGGUUAUAUCCUGAGACUGAAGCUAUUUGGAAAACCCUCAAAUUGGUGCUUUCAUUAUUUAAUGAUACAUUUAGGCAAAACCCCAAACAAACCAUCUGAAACCUGACUCCGGGUUGCAAUUUGUAGCGAUGUUCAUAGCACAUUCUUUUUCUUGUUUGAGAAGACCAGGCAUCAGUGUCGAUUUGAAUUUCCUGUAUGAACCGUGCAUCCUACGUGUAAAGCCCAGUCAAACAUUUGUAAGAAGUCCCCAAUAAACCUAGAGAAAGCUGCCUCGUUUACCCUUUCAUUUCUUUUCAUUUUAUUUGAAAGAUGGAGAAUAAAGCUUGUCAGGUUCUUUUUAUUUGGAAAAUCAGACUUUGGUUAUAUGUCUCUUUCCUGUGAUGUCAGCACGUUAAAUUCAACGGAUCUUUGAUUUGUGCUGCUUGAGUGAAAGUAUUUUCUGCUUUCUCUUUUUUCCUCUCUCUCGCUCGCGCUCUCUCUCUCUCUCUCUUAAGAAGCUGGGAUGUGGUUGGCUUUUUCAGCCUAGAAAGCAUGAGGGGCACGUGAUGCCCUUUUUCUUAUGGUACGAGUUUAGGGCUUAGUCAGUUUACAAUAGGAUUGAAUUUUGUGUCAAAAUCUGAUGGUGGCCUCUCAGAUACCAUCAGCUAGAUGCUUCUAGCCGUGCCUGGCAGGCAGGUAUCGGAUUCAUGAGAGCAGUGUCCAUCCACUAACAUUGUAACGUUCUCCCAAAUGUAGAUCAGCAUUUGAAUUUACCUGCUCAUCCCUCUGUAUAGCAGUCAGGGCUAACCGUCCAAUUUUGAGUGCCAUGGAUAGCACAUAAGCAUUGUUUUAUAUUUGUUGCCUUGUAUAUUUGUGCUUUUGAGGCAGGGUCUCCCUGAGUAUCCCAGGCCGGUCUUGAAUUUGAGAUCCUUCUGGCUCAACUUCCCAAUUGCAGAGAUUGCCACUUGUUUUUUGUUGUUGUUGUUGUUUUGUUGUUUUUUUUUUUUAAUAAAGCACUAGUCAUGUGGUAGUGCUUAUUGGGCAGUGAUGUGACUUUUGUGACCUUUGCUAUGUUGAUAGAGAUGAAAUUGCCAGGUGAAUUGAGAGAUGAAAUUUCUACCUGAAUCUGUGAAGUCUAAGUUUUGGGUCUAUGAGGAUCACUGAUGGUAAAUAAACCACCUUCUCACUCUGUAAUUCUGAUUCUGUUCAUAGCUGCAACAAUGCAAAAGUGAGUGACCAUUUUAACAUUAACCGUUCCACUUCAAUGGCACCGGGAAUGAUGAGGUUGAGGGAAGCUGUGGGUUCUUGUUUCGUAUCUAUGGUAAUGAUUCGGACUGUAUACUGUGUACCUUCUCUUUACCUCUUACUUGAAAGCAGAAUCGCAAAAUAUCCUGAAUGACUUCUCUCGGUUCCUUGUGAGCUCACAGGGCGUAAGAAGCCUUAUUAGAGGCACGCAGUGCAGCCCUUAUGGACGCUGUCCCUAACAAGGCAUGGUUUAUACUACCCUGUAUAAAAGUAUUUGUGGCUUAGAGUUUUGGUUUUGGUUUUUUCCAUACAUCUUUCCAGGAACUAAGCACAUUAUCUGAUACUGUUGUAAUUUUUUUUUUUCGGUUGGUCAGUGCUUUGUUUGAGAGGAGCAGUCAGUUAUUUCUACAGGAGGUAUAAAAGGUAUGCUUUUCAUUUCACCAAACAAAUUCAAAGCUACUCAUUAAGGCUUUUUACUUUUGUACACCUUUUCCAACAAAAUUUGUCCCUUUACUAUUAAUAUUUGCUUUGUAAAAAUUACUGACACUUAAUAAACAUUUAUAAAUGA